CUCGUGCCCCCUUCCCUCCGAAGCUGCCCUCCACCCGCACCCCGGCUCUGGAAUUUCCCACCGGUUACGGGAGUCCGGAGGGUCCUGCCCACCCACGUCGCUUCCUGGGGCGCGAGCAGGACCCUGCCCCGUCUCCUUCAACACCCUCUUCCCGAGCUCCUUCGGACACAGGACUCGGCCUGGACACAUCCCAGUCAGGUGGCCUCUGAAGCCCGGUGGAGCUUCCACCCGCUAAGAAGUGAGGGUCCUGCCCAGCAGGUGUUGGUGAGCCCAGUCUCAUCAGAAAUGGCAGCCUCAGCUCGCUUGGUUUUCCUCCUUACCCUUUGACGUGGAUGACUGUCUUGAGGGAAAAAAAGAAACCAGGAAGGGGCUUUUAAAACUUCUCAGUUUAUGUGUGUUUAGAAGACCUGUGCUUCUUGCCUGUUCUUUUAAACAGUUUUAAUUACAGCCCACCAAUUCUGAGAAGUAAUUCUGCUCAUUUUUUGCAGGUCUAAUAUUCCUGUCAUGCUCUGCUGAUUAUAGCACCAAAGUUCGGCUGUAAAGUGGCCCAGGGAAUUGAAGCCCUUAGCUUUGUUUUGGCGUCCCUUUCUGGGACCAUGUCCUUGUCAAAGUUCAGAAGUAAUCCGUGCUUUAGCGAAAGGGCUCUUCUUCUUAGACGUGGGUAGUUGAGGCGCUUCAGACAGUUUCUGGGAACGACUGCUAGUAUUUCUGCCGGUCACUGUGUUACAGCCCUAGGGUCUAAACAGUGUUCUUAAAUAUCCCUUUUGAUCUCACGUACUGAGAAUGUUCCAACUUAUGGAUCCUGAGUUUUGAAGUCUCCGGAGCUUACCGAACUAACACAGAGUGUCCUCACUGGGUUUGACGUUUGCUGAAGUCACAUCCACUUGCAGAAGGAGUCGGCUGUACCGGUGGAUGCUCAGUUUGAUGGCGGUAUCCGCCUGAAUGAGUCAUGCUGGGGUCCGAGUCCUGCGAUCAGGAGUGAGCAUUCACUGCCUCAUGAUCUGUGGUUCCUGGACACUCUCACACAAGGCACAGAGAAUUAUGGAGCAGAAGGGAGCCCAGGGGUCCCUGUGAGUCACCGUGGCGGGGCUGAUGGUCUGAAGCCACUCUCCUUGUCCUGCAGCAGCCACACUGUUGCCCCCAUGCCUCAGAAUGGCCCCAGAAGGCCCUACGUGCAGGUCUCCCAGCAGGCUGGACUUUCCACACAUUCCAGCGUCAUGGCCAGCCCAAGAACCAGGAAGGUUCUUAAAGAAGUCAGGGUGCAGGACGAGAACAACGUUUGUUUUGAGUGUGGCGCAUUCAAUCCUCAGUGGGUCAGUGUGACCUAUGGCAUCUGGAUCUGCCUGGAAUGUUCGGGGAGACACCGUGGGCUUGGGGUGCACCUCAGCUUUGUGCGCUCUGUUACUAUGGACAAGUGGAAGGACAUUGAGCUUGAGAAGAUGAAAGCUGGCGGGAAUGCUAAGUUCCGAGAGUUCCUGGAGUCUCAGGAGGACUAUGAUCCCGGCUGGUCCUUGCAGGAGAAGUACAACAGCAGAGCCGCGGCCCUCUUUAGGGAUAAGGUGGCCGCUCUGGCCGAAGGUAGAGAGUGGUCUCUGGAGUCAUCACCUGCCCAGAACUGGACCCCACCUCAGCCCAGGACCCUGCCGUUCACGGCACACCGAGCUUCUGGCCAGCCGCAGAGUGUGACCGCCUCCUCGGACAAGGCUUUCGAAGACUGGCUGAAUGAUGACCUUGGCUCCUAUCAAGGAGCCCAGGGGAAUCGCUAUGUGGGGUUUGGGAACACGCCACCGCCUCAGAAGAAAGAAGAUGACUUCCUCAACAACGCCAUGUCCUCCCUGUACUCGGGCUGGAGCAGCUUCACCACUGGAGCCAGCCGGUUUGCCUCAGCAGCCAAGGAGGGCGCUACAAAGUUUGGAUCCCAAGCAAGUCAGAAGUUUUGGGGUCACAAGCAGCAGCCGGAGCCGGCGUCCGAGCUGGGCCACAGCCUGAACGAGAACGUCCUCAAGCCUGCGCAGGAGAAGGUGAAGGAGGGAAAGAUUUUUGAUGAUGUGUCCAGUGGGGUCUCUCAGUUGGCGUCCAAGGUCCAGGGAGUCGGUAGUAAGGGAUGGCGGGACGUCACCACCUUUUUUUCGGGGAAAGCAGAGGGCCCCUUGGACAGCCCCUCGGAGGGCCACAGUUACCAGAACAGCGGUCCGGACCACUUCCAAAACAGCACCAUAGACCAGAGUUUCUGGGAGACCUUUGGAAGUGCUGAGCCCACCAAGGCCCGCAAGUCCCCAAGCAGCGACAGCUGGACGUGUGCAGACACCUCCACCGAGAGGAGGAGCUCGGACAGCUGGGAGGUGUGGGGCUCGGCCUCCACCAACAGGAACAGCAACAGCGACGGUGGGGAGGGCGGGGAGGGUGCCAAGAAGGCAGUGCCACUGGCCGUGCCCGCCGACGAUGGCUGGGACAACCAGAACUGGUAGGGCCCACCGCGCCCCUGUCCCCAGCGCCCCCAGGCGACUUCAUGUUUGCACUCUGCCCUCAUCGUUCCUCCUCCUUUCAUUUGACCCAAGAAUCAGCGACUGCAGUGUGAGGACAGCGUCUCGGGAGGCAGGACCCCAGGGAGACUCGGGUUCUCACCGCCUGCCACGUGGGGUUCUCGGUGCGUGGGAGCGGCCUGCUCUCCAGCCUGGGCGGGGGCCAUCCCGUCCUACACUCCCCUGGGCAUUCUUGGACUCAAGGCAGGGGCUCUUCGUGGUUUGCUGGGAGGUGGGCUGCAGCACAGAGCCCUGUGAGUGUUCCGGCGGCCGGUUCACUACGCAGUAAGUAUCUCGGGCUGGGACCAGCCCCGUGCCGAGCUGUCAGCGACGUGAGGUGUCCCUUCUCCUUGAGAUACUUAACUUUGGGUUUGCUCUAGUUCUUUCUUUUUGAAGAGAGUAACUGGAGUGGUAAAGAUGGAAACGCUAAAAGCGAUACUGGCGCUCACACUGCCGUCCGACCACCCUCGGCUCCCACGUCCACGCCUGCCUGGGCCUGUGCGGUCAAACCUGCGUCGGUCGUGACCCUCCGUGGCUUCCCUGCAUCCGCACUGUCCAACCACCAAGUUCACCAGACACAGCCCCACAAUAGCCACACCCACACCUGAGCUGUUCUCAGUGCUGGGACUUGGCCACCCUGGAACACCCUGGAAGAAAAAGGAGCGCAGGGUGGGCCCUCGGCCCUGAGGCAGGAGGGCACGACAGCGGUGUGGCCUGGCAGGACAGCCCCGGGCUCAGGAGCUGAGCAGGGAUGCCUGUGCGCGGUGCCUGGGGCUGCCCUACAGACUGGUGCCUGCCACGUGCCGACCCUCACCUCCCCGAGGACUGGAUGAUGUGCUGCCGUGUGUGACUCAUCUCCGUUGCCCAGCCUGUGUGACCCUGGGCCUUGGCCAGCUGUGCAUGCACCCGAAGCUCGUGCAGUUUGUAUGUGAGGUGCUCUCUCCCCCGCCACCAUGCUCAUCACUGUGGCCUUGGCCACGCUCCUUGGUCACCCCACUUCCCGGUCGCCGUCUGCAGCGCUCCUGGAGCAACCUGGGCCCUUCAGCCCCUGUGCUCGUCCCACCCUAGGGACUCAGCCACCCGCGAAACAGGAUGGGACGAGAUUUCAGCGAGCCCUCCUGGCGCCCGGUCCUCCCUGUGGGCACCAGCCCUCUUGGUAGCCGGUGUGGAGGGCCGGUGUCCUUGGCUGCCAUGGAGGAACUCGGUCACCGAAACAGCCACCUGCUGUAAUUGGACCUGAAGUCAGAGGCCGGGGGUCAGAGGCUCAUGGUGCUGAGAAGCCACUGGGCAAAGUGGCCAACACAAAGGUCCCAGGAAGUCGUCCCCCGAGAGCUGAGCGUGAGGUCUUUGCGUCUUUCUCCAAGCUGAGACUUGGGUGUGCGGCAUGCGCGUGGUGUUUCCCGAGGGCUGCUUGGACCCUGGUGGGCUGAAUGCUCCGAGGAGGGGUGGACUCCACUGGACAGUAGGAUGUGCCUGUUUCCACGUCAGCACCUUUUGACUUGGCAGCAUGGAGCCAAGCUCUGCCCCCGCCCAGGAGGGUGCCUUUCUUGGGGGUAGGGGGACGGCCCCCUCUGCCUGCCCCAGAUCCCCUUUAAUGGGAGGUGCAGCCAGCAGUGUGGAGGUGUCUGGGCCACCUUCAGAAGGUGGAUGUGGUGGCCGAGACCCUAUCCACAGAGGGUGACGGCCUUUCCCUUCUGCAGGUGUGGGCAGGUGGGCCUGGGACAGGUGCUGGGGCCUCUCCUGGCUGUAUGUGAGGGCCCAUGUGGAAGGCGCGGACCUGACAGCAUUCCAAUAAAACAUAGGGAACAUGCA